GACGACGCGAGGCAGUCUCGCGCGCGGAGGCGUGGUCCUAUCUGCCUGUGCUCGCCGGCCCGGGUAUUGAUCAACACCUCUCUCCCGCAUGCCACGCAUACCUGCAGUGGUCCGAGCGCAUUGACCCGCGAUGAUGGUGGACGCGGUCCCGCCGGGCGCCGCCAAGGGGGCGGGCGUGAGCAGCCUCGUGGGGCGCACCCGCGGGCUCAUCAGGCUGCGGCUGCGCUCCGUGCUGGACGGCAGCAGCGACCUGCUGACGGGCAUCUCGUCGCGGCUCGAGUCGGCGCUCAGCCUGAGCACCGAGUCGCUCAGCGAGACGACGGGGUCGGCCGGCGAGCAUCAGCGAGGGGCGCGCCGGCCGGAGGUGUUCACGAGGAAGCUGCGCUUCCCGCACUUCGGGUCGGGCCUGUCCUUCGAGGACUACUCGGCCAUCGCCCGCCACCGCCACGAGAAGAAGAGCAAGGAGGACCCGGGGAGCGGCGCCGGCGGCGGCAGGAGGCUGUCGGCGCCCGACGACAGGUCGCGCGCGUCCGGCGACGCCGACGCCGACGCCGCGACGCCGUGCGCCGAGUACGGCCAGCACGCGGAGCUUAGGGCGACGGGACCCGACCCCUACGACAAGCUCCACUACAGCACAGAGGCCCCCAGCAGCGGCUCGGCCAGCGAUGGCGACGGUUACGGCCCCAGCACCAGCCUCGAGUCCUCCGAGAGGAAGUACUGGGUUCGCUCCGGUUCGGAAGGCUCGGUGCAGUCGUGGGCGUCCAGCCUCAGCUUCGACAGCCAGCACGACGAGAUGACGGCGGAGGCCGUGGAGUUCAUGCGCAAGUUCGUGGCCGACCUGUUUGCAGACAGCUCCGACAUCAGCCUGCAGCAGAAGUCCAAGUUCGGGCAGCUUUCGCAGAACGAAGCAGGUCGACUGUGGUUCGCGAGGUUCGUAAAUGCCCAACGAGUCCACAACAAGAAGGUGGACGAGACCACUUUCUACAGCCUGGUGCAGUACUUUGCCAUCGUGCUGUUCGAGUGCGCGGACGCCGACGACUUCUCCCCGGCCAAGUCCCUCAUGAACAUGUGCUUCACCUUCUACCACGAAGUGGACGUGCCCGGCUGCGAGCCGUACAAGGAGUACCUCUACACGUACCUGCGCGACCAGGCCAUCUGGCACAGCCUGCGCUUCUGGAACGCGGCCUUCUUCGACGCGCUGCAGUGCGAGCGGGUGCACCGGCCCGUCGUCACCAAGGAGGACGUGCGCCACUACAGCCUGGAGGCCGUCACCGACGAGCGGCGCUACCAGGAGAACAUCACCUUCGGGCAGCUGGGAACGUUUACCUGCAACAUGCACGCGUUUGGACUGAGCCGUGAGCUGUGCACGGAGUUUCUGAGAAAGCAAUGCAUCAUUGCCAACCUCAGCGAAGAACAAGAGAAGAUGCUGAGGGACAACAUUGACAGAAUGUACAAGGAGACGGAUCCCUGGCGGUAGUUCCGCAACUCCAUACAUUCCGGAGCGAGCACACCGACUGAUCCGUGUUACGGUUCCCGUAGAAUGUUCACAGACAUGCCACCCUUGAAGCAAUAAAAUGACAGACUAGCUUGUGAAGUCUCCCUCUUCAACCACUACACAAUAAUUUUUUUUUUAAUUAAUCUAUUUUAGGCACAUUAAAAAAAUUAUGACAGGUGAAAUUUUACGUCGCGCAUGCACCACGCUACAUACAAAUAAAAAUUAUAUAUGUUCUUUUAAAUUAUAUACUUUAAUGAUUGAUAUUGAAUACUGUUACAUAUAAUUAAAAUAAUUUAUUGUCAAUAUUAGUGAUAGAAAUUGUGUUAAUAAACUUUCUCAAAUGUAUUUAUAUAAGUGAGGUUAUGUUCCCGUUUGUAUAACGAUGUUAGGUUGUUUGUAAGCUCCCAUUGUCGCUGGCAGGGAGUGUUUGUGGAAGGUUAAGUAGUCUCCUGGCCGUUUUCAUGGGAGUGUUUGUGAGGUUAUGUUCCUGUAUGUAUAAUUUAUUUGCAUCAUAAAUUAUUACAUUAUUAUUUAACAAACUAGAAUAAUAAUUCAGCAUAUUAAAUGAUUUUCAGUAUUAAAAUUUAUCUUGAUUAUUUUACUUAGUUAAAUAAGUAUUUUAUACGUGUGUUUAUAUUAAUAUUGAAUACCUACUGAAUAUUUUAUCAAAAUUUUUAAUUUUAUUGAGAUUAUACAUUACCAACCGUAUUUAUAAUAUCACUCCAUUCCUUUUGUUUUUCUAUUAAUUAUUUGCAUGCAAAAUUAGUAUUUUUUUUAUUAAGCCAAGUAACUUUAACGUCUAACACGCAUAUAUAAAUACACGCACCCAAUCUUUUAUUUUAUAUUUAAUGUCACAUAGCUGGAAAGUAAUCUAGAACCCUAGUCUUAUAUGGCAAAUUGCACAAAAACCUGCCUUUUUUCCCCACUGAUAGAACAAUGUUCAACUUUACAAGAUGCUGUGAUAAAAUGCCUGAAGCGAGAUUGACAUGACAAUCAAGCACACAUGUUAAUUAGGAUCUAUCUUCAUCCUUUGAAUUGCAGCAGUUCAGCUGAUGUGUUCUGACUGCUACAGCAAACUGUGUUACAGGAAAAAUUUCUGUCGUGUGACAAGGUAUUAAACUGAUAUGUAAUAAGCCACUAGGAAACCAUAAUUUUCCUAACAGUUUAAAAAUCAAAUAAAUCUCGCAACCUUAAUAAUCAUUGAAACAUUUAUUCAUUUGUAACAUGCCUGUCAACAGUUGAAUAACUUUUGAGAAUGGCCCAAUACAAAUACAUACUAGGUAUAGAAAAACAUAGCUCUAAUUGACAGGACAAACAAACAUUAACAAGACUAUACAUGGGAAAGCACUGAAUAGUAUAGGGUAGGCACUACAUACAUUUACUGACACCAUCAAUUACCAGUUUAAGGCACACACUGCAAGAUAAAGUCACAACUAAGACAAACACAAUAUUAUAACAUAACAUGCACCGGUAACAGGUGAAAUUAAAAAUAACAACACAAUAAUCAUGUAGUUAGAUAAAAAUAAUUUUAAAGUUACACUAACUAAAACUUAUACAAAAUUAAAAAAAUUAAUAGAGACUAAUAAAAUUAAUAUUAGUAGAGAAGUAGAUAAAAAAUUUGUACAAUCCAAUGAAAUCAUCUACUUAUUACAAUUAGUUGUAGAUAGUUGAGUCAAGAAAUAAAUUGCUUAUGUUUAUCUUGUUUGCUGAAGUUGGUAACUAAUCUAUAAAUAUCAUUUUUGUUCCCCAAAUAACAAAAUAAGAAACAAAGAUGAUGAACUGGAGAACUCUUAAGGCGUACUUUCACAUAAACAUUUAAAGUUGUGUUUAUAAUUGGUACGUAUAGAAAUUACAAACAAAAAGAUAAUCUAAAUUGACAUUAUGUUCAGAAAACAAAAGUAAGUUAGGUUGAGUAUUGUGUUUUUGUUGAGUAGGUAUUGUGUUUUUGAGUAGUAAUUUUAAGAAAUGUUAUUUCAAAUCAAUAUCUGUAUUAUAAUUUUGAUUGAAAUUGUGUGGAAUAAACAUUAGAAGGAUAGGUACCUAGGUGGUAAUAUAGUUAAUGCUAUGGUUCUGUUUAUCUAAUUUAUGUAUAGUUCAACCUCACAGUUUAAAUUUUUCUAGUGAAAGAUAUAAUUUAGUUUUUUUGAUGUUACGGCUAGCAAAAAUUUUGAUUACACCAUUUACAAUUUCAGAUUGGAAUAGAUAACAAUUUUUUAUUGACAUAAUUAUUCUAUAAAUUUUUUACAUCAGCAGCAAAUAAUUCAGAACCAGAAUUACAUUGUUAAUGAAAACAGUGAAUAAUAACAAACAUUAAAAGACUGAAUAGUUACAGUCAACUGUAAAUUAAAUUUAUGUGAUGGUGAUGUAACUUACUUUCUCUCUUAUACUCCAUAAUCCAGAGUUAUUUCAAUGGUUUUAAGUUGUGUGUAUUAAAGUGAUCGAUAUAACAAGAUCUUCAAGUUUUUCUAAUGCAGCAACUUGUAUUUUAUUUUACACUCAUUAAGAUUUUUGUGUGUAUAGUUAUUGUUUUGGAAAACAUUACAUAAAUUGGUUUUCGUAAGGUCCAGUGAGUGAAAUUGGAUCCAUGAAAUGUUUCAGAAAAAAAUAAACUGGUUUUUUCAGUCUUACUUAGAUGUCAUUAUGGCUUAAUCUACUAAAUAGCCUAAAUAGUGAUCAGUUAUUUUAAAGGCAAAAUGUUGUGCCCCAUUAUUUUUACAACUCAUUCCAAUACAAUUUGUUUAAAAUACUAAUGUGUAUGCAGAUAAAACUUGUAAAAUUUUAUUUUAGAAAGUUUUCAAAUUUACUUGCUUCAUUUAAGUAACUACCUAUUAUCUGUCUUAAUAGUUCAUUAAAAAUAAUUAAUAUGUACAAACAACUUGAAUUCAAUAUUCUCUAAUAGACUGUGCAUUGGGCUGGAUUUCCAGCCCUAUUCAAAAAGCAUACCUAUUUCAUUAAUUCUACCAUGUGUGUGUGUGUAUACAUAUCUUUAUACGAACAUAGAAAAACUUUCUUUUCUCAGUGCAUCUGCCUUUUUACUAGCAGUUCUCCAAUUCCUGUACAAAUUAAUAAUAGUAAUAAGAACUUUAUGGUCCGUGAGCACUUUAAAGUUUUUCAAAAUUCAUUUUUUCUUAGAGAUAUUUUACGUUUUCUCAAUUAUCCCCACAUAUAAACAUAUCAAAUAACUAUCUUCAAGCAAUUAUAUACACCUUGACGGCAUGACUAAAAUGAAGCCUGUUCCAAAUCUAUAACUUAAUUCAUAGAUUUCUAGUAAACCAUUUUUUUUAAACCUUACAGUUUUCUUAUAUAAUAAAGCGUAUCCCAAAAUCUUACUAUCUGACUAUUUCGAAACUUUUACAGAAUAUAGAAGUGACGCAUGGCCUUUAUCUAAAUUAAAAUUGUAAAAAAAAAAAAUAUUCAGACAUUUUCUAUAUAUUUUUGAAGGAAAAACUGAGUUAUGACAACAUUGUGUACAUACAUCCUGAAUGGUUUCUAUUAAUAGUUUGGUUUUUAUACUUUGUAGGAAAUGAGUAUUAACACAAGAUUCUUUUCAAUUUGUUUAUAUUGACUUCCUUCUAUCAAUAUUGAAAAACUUUAAUUUUCUGUGCAAAGCCAAGUACCAUAGCUAGUAUAUAACAAUUGUGCAUGCUGUGAACAUUCUCCAUGGGAAGAAUUCCUGUUUAGUCAAUUAAUGAUUCUUGUUACAGGUUUACCUUUGAUGAUUUUGAAGGGAAACUGCUUUUUUUUCUUCUUCUCAGGAUAUAAAACUCUGACUGAAUAUUUGAGUGUUUGAAAUGUAAGCUAAUUUGAUACAUUAUUUAUAACACUAUUUGUAUAAGUUUAUGGCUGCAAAAUAAAAUAUAUCCAUGUCUUAACAUAAUAAAAGCUAUCAUGAGAAUGAUUAUGUGAUUACUAUUGGUGUAAAAAUCAGUGUUGCACCUUACUGCAAUUCUAAAAAUUUCAAAUGGCAGCAUGAGUUACUAGUAGGUACCAUGUUACAGCAAACAGCUCAUAGAAGUUUCAGAUUAAAAUUAUUCUUACCUACUAAUAUGGUUUACUUUGCUUCUUUUCCCAGUAAUAAUUAAAUGAAGACCAAAAAUAGUUAAUUUUAAUGUCUUUCUGUAUGUAACAGUGAUUCACCUGGUAAAAAAUUUCAAGGUGUAAUAAUUUGCAUAGCCACUAAAAAAAGAAAAAUGCACUGAUAUCAAAACACAUUGUUACAUCGCUUCUCAUCACAGCAUUUAUUUGAAGUAAAGAAAAAAAAACAACACUAAUGUAUUUUUUGAAUGCAAUUUCUUUAAGCAAUAAAGUGUUCAGAUAUGUAAUAA